AUGCCUUGCAGGGAAAGUGAAGGUACAUUUGAGCUUGCGCAUUAUCGAAGGGAAGCUGAUGAUUUACGUGCUGUAAUCGAGCACUUUUCUUCAACUAACCGUGUAAUACCUGGAAUUAUUAGACAUAGUAAAGGUGGGUGGUCAGUUCUCAUGUAUGCUUCUAAAUAUGAUGUCUGCACAGUUGUCAAUGUUUCUGGGCGUUAUGAUCUGAAGAGGGGCAUUGUCAAACACUUAGGUGAAGAUAUCAUGCAAAAGCUCGGGGAGAAUGGAUAUAAAGACCUCAAAGAUGAGAAUGGAGGUGCCAGUUAUCGUGUGACAAAGGAAUGUGUGAUGGAUCUUCCGAAUACUAAUAUGCACGCAACAUGUCUUCAUAUCGACAAAGAUUGCAAGGUCUUGACAGUACAAGGAUCAGAGGACGAACUCACUCCAGUUAAAGAGGCAUAUGAGUUCGCCAAGAUAAUACCAAACCACAAAUUACGCAUUGUGGAAGGAGCUGGUCAUGGUUACAUCACCCAUCAAGCUGAGUUAGCUUCAAUUGUUUUGGAGUUCAUUAAGGCAUCGUUGGAGCAGGACAAGCCUGCUUCUAGUUAG